CGGCGUCCACCCUCCUCUCUCCUGUCGCUGAUGCCUCUGUGUUGUUCUGUCCUUAGAAAAUGAACCUGAAGGAGACUUGGUGAAGUCACCUGGAGGGGCGUCUGGAGCUCCGACCUUCCGAGGGAGCACACCCGGUCCCAGGAGCGCCCGGGCAGCUGACUGCAGGGUGACCACACCUGGAAGAGGGAAAAAAUGUAGUUAUCGAAUCCAAUCAACUCUUUGUGUCUCUGAAAUUAUCAACCGCAUCCGGUCAAGAAAGGUUCCGGUCGGCGCCACCGACGUAUGGCUGUCCAAGGAGCCACAUAAAGAUGGAGAAAUGGAGGCACAGGGAAAUUAAGUGACUUUGCCACAGUCCCAGGCUGGGGAGGACCAGGAAGAGAACGUAGAGGGACCCUGACCCUGGGCCCGUGUCCUGCCCACGGAGCCACACUGCCUCCCUUCCUAGGAGAGAAGACGCCCUGCAAGAUGGAGGUGGACGCCGAGGAGAAGCGUCAUCGUACACGGUCCAAAGGGGUUCGAGUUCCCGUGGAGCCGGCCAUCCAGGAGCUCUUCAGCUGUCCCACACCCGGCUGUGAUGGCAGCGGUCACGUCAGUGGCAAAUAUGCAAGACACAGAAGCGUGUACGGCUGCCCGUUGGCCAAGAAGCGGAAGACGCAGGACAAGCAGCCGCAGGAGCCGGCGCCCAAGCGGAAGGCGUUCGCCGCGAAGGCCGACAGCUCCUCGGUGGACGAGUGCUACGAGAGCGAGGGCUCGGAGGACGCGGAGGACAAGGAGGAGGACGAGGAGGAGGAGGACUCGGAGGAGGAGGACGCGCGCCGCGAGGAGGACGAGGAGGACGAGGAGGGCGACCGCGAGGAGGAGGAGGAGCUGGAGGAGGAGGAGGACGACGAGGACGAGGACGGGGAGGACGAGGACGAGGAGGACGAGGAGGACGACGACGACGACGACGACGAGGACGAGAACGAAGACCAUCAAAUGAACUGUCACAAUACUCGAAUAAUGCAAGACGCAGAAAAGGAUGAUAACAAUAAUGAUGAGUAUGAUAACUAUGAUGAGCUGGUGGCCAAGUCCUUGUUGAACCUCGGCAAGAUUGCCGAGGACGCAGCCUAUCGGGCCAGGACCGAGUCGGAGAUGAACAGCAACACGUCCACCAGCCUGGACGAUGGCAGCGACAGGAACGAGACGCUGGGCCGGAAGAGCGAGCUGAGCCUGGACCUGGACAGUGACGUGGUGCGGGAGACAGUGGACUCGCUGAAGCUGCUGGCGCAGGGGCACGGUGUGGUGCUCGCGGACAGCCUGGGCGACAGGGGGUACGCAGACUCGCUGUCACAGCAAGACAGCAGGAACAUGAACUACGUGAUGCUGGGAAAGCCCAUGAACAACGGGCUCGUGGACAAGAUGGUGGAGGAGAGCGACGAGGAGGUGUGUCUGAGCAGCCUGGAGUGCCUGAGGAAUCAGUGCUUCGAUCUGGCCCGGAAACUGAGCGAGACAAACCCGCAGGACAGGAGCCAGCCCCCCAACAUGAACAGCCGCCAGCACGCCCGCCAGGACGACGACUUCGCGGGGAGGACGCCAGACAGGAGCUACUCCGACAUGAUGAACCUCAUGAGGCUCGAGGAGCAGCUGAGUCCCAGGUCUAGAACUUUCUCCAGCUGUGCAAAGGAGGACGGGUAUCACGAACGAGAUGACGACACCACCUCCGUGAACUCGGACAGGUCUGAGGAGGUGUUUGACAUGACCAAGGGGAACCUGACCCUCCUGGAGAAAGCCAUUGCUCUGGAGACAGAGAGGGCGAAGGCCAUGAGGGAAAAGAUGGCGAUGGAGGCCGGAAGGCGGGACACUGUGCGCUCCUAUGAAGAGCAGUCGCCAAGACAGCUUCCCGGGGAGGAGAGAAAGCCUAAGUCCAGUGACAGCCAUGUCAAAAAGCCAUACUAUGAUCCCUCGAGAGCAGAAAAGAAAGAGAGCAAGUGUCCCACCCCGGGGUGUGACGGAACUGGCCACGUAACCGGGCUUUACCCACAUCACCGCAGUUUGUCCGGAUGCCCGCACAAAGAUAGGGUCCCUCCGGAAAUUCUUGCCAUGCAUGAGAAUGUUCUCAAGUGUCCUACUCCGGGCUGCACAGGGCGAGGGCAUGUAAAUAGCAACAGGAACUCGCACAGAAGCCUCUCUGGGUGCCCUAUCGCUGCAGCCGAGAAACUGGCAAAGGCCCAGGAGAAGCACCAGAGCUGUGACGUGUCCAAGUCCAACCAGGCCUCAGACCGAGUGCUAAGGCCAAUGUGCUUUGUAAAGCAGCUCGAGAUCCCACACUACGGCUACAGAAACAACGUGCCCACGACCACGCCUCGCUCCAACCUGGCCAAAGAGCUGGAGAAAUAUUCCAAGACCUCGUUUGAGUACAACAGUUACGACAGCCAUACUUACGGCAAGCGGGCCAUAGCCCCCAAGGUGCAAACCAGGGAUAUAUCCCCCAAAGGAUAUGAUGCGAAGCGGUACUGCAAGAACGCCAGCCCGAGCAGCAGCACCACCAGCAGCUACGCGCCCAGCAGCAGCAGCAACCUGAGCUGCGGGGGCGGCAGCAGCGCCAGCAGCACGUGCAGCAAGAGCAGCUUCGACUACGCGCACGACAUGGAGGCGGCGCACAUGGCCGCCACGGCCAUCCUCAACCUGUCCACGCGCUGCCGCGAGAUGCCACAGAACCUGUCCACCAAGCCACAGGACCUGUGCGCCGCGCGGAACCCUGAUGUGGAGGUGGACGAGAACGGGACCCUGGACCUCAGCAUGAACAAGCCGCGGCCGCGGGAGAGCUGCUGCCCGGUCCUGACGCCCCUGGAGCCCAUGUCCCCCCAGCAGCAGGCGGUGAUGGGCGGCCGGUGUUUCCAGCUGGGCGAGGAUGACUCCUGGGAGCUGCCCGUGGACUACACCAAGAUGAAGGCCCGCAGGGCAGACGGGGGCGAUGGCAGCGAGGCCCCUCCGGAAGACUUGGACCCAUUCCAGGAGGCUCUGGAGGAGAGAAGGUACCCGGGAGAGGUGACCAUCCCCAGCCCCAAGCCCAAGUACCCCCAGUGCAAGGAGAGCAAAAAGGACUUAAUAACUCUGUCCGGCUGCCCCCUCGCUGACAAAAGCAUUCGAAGCAUGCUGGCUACCAGCUCACAAGAACUCAAGUGCCCGACCCCCGGCUGCGAUGGCUCCGGGCACAUCACCGGCAACUACGCUUCUCAUCGAAGUCUUUCAGGCUGCCCGAGAGCAAAGAAAAGUGGCAUCAGGAUAGCACAGAGCAAGGAAGACAAAGAGGACCAGGAGCCCAUCAGAUGUCCCGUUCCCGGGUGUGACGGCCAGGGCCACAUAACCGGGAAGUACGCCUCCCAUCGCAGCGCGUCAGGAUGUCCCUUGGCCGCCAAGCGGCAGAAGGACGGAUACCUCAAUGGCUCCCAGUUCUCCUGGAAGUCGGUCAAGACAGAGGGCAUGUCGUGUCCCACGCCGGGAUGUGACGGGUCGGGGCACGUCAGUGGCAGCUUCCUCACACACCGGAGCUUGUCGGGAUGCCCGCGAGCCACGUCAGCCAUGAAGAAGGCGAAGCUGUCGGGAGAGCAGAUGCUGACCAUCCGACAGCGGGCCAGCAACGGCAUAGAAAACGAUGAAGAGAUCAAACAGUUAGAUGAAGAAAUCAAGGAGCUCAAUGAAUCCAACUCCCAGAUGGAAGCCGAUAUGAUUAAACUCAGGACUCAGAUCACCACAAUGGAGAGCAGCCUGAAGACCAUUGAAGAGGAGAACAAAGUAAUCGAGCAGCAAAACGAGUCUCUCCUGCACGAGCUGGCCAACCUGAGCCAGUCCCUGAUCCACAGCCUGGCCAACAUCCAGCUGCCGCACAUGGAUCCAAUCAAUGAACAAAAUUUUGAUGCAUACGUGACUACUUUGACGGACAUGUAUACAAAUCAAGAUCGUUAUCAGAGCCCAGAAAAUAAAGCCCUACUGGAAAAUAUAAAGCAAGCUGUGAGAGGAAUUCAGGUCUGAGCAGCUGCUGUAGGUGACGGGAUCUUGUUUAAAAGGAGGCCUCUUGUUUUUUGCUGCUGUGAUUUACCAGAAAGUGUUCUAUAUUUAUUUCUGUUUGAAACAGUGUUAUGCUUACAAGACUUCAUAAUGAUUUUAUGUCUUGCUUUAAAGAUAGUACCUGCAGAAUAGUUUUUCAAUACAUUCACAUUUUGUACGUUUUCAUAUAAGCUGACAUAGUGUGAUAUGCCAUGUAAUGUUUAUAGCUGCUAAUGUAUGCACAUUUGGGGGUAUAUAUAUUUCUGAAGAGGUAAGCUGAUCAAAAUAAAUAGAGUGUAAAUUCUUUUUAAUGCUUUAGUGAUUAAAUGUUUUAGUAUUUUGAACUGAAAUGGACAAAAAAAAAAAAACCCAGCUUUGAAUGACCACGUGGUGGCCCCGCAGCCACUUUUUAGACAUUAUCAUUUUGCCUCAUGUUGGAGGAUUUUAUGGAAUUUAAGAAAUACAUUUUGUGUGCAUAUUGUUUCAUAGCAAGAAUUGGUUGCAAAAAAAAUGCUUUAUUUUUGAACAAUGCUUGGAAAUAUUAUGUGAUUUUUUUGUUUGUUUGUUUUAGGAGGAUGGUGUAUGGUGGGGGCAAUAAAUGAGGUUUUUUGCAUUCCAAGGAAAUGGCAUAUGGAUUAACUGUAAGAAAUGAGAUAAGUAAUUUAUUGUAAGAGAACAUCAAGCCAUGGAAAACCUUGGCGGAAGAUUCAAAGCAGCUUACGCAGCACUUUUAAAUUAACUCCUGAGCAUUCCAUGGUGACUCUGGGAACUGCAGUUCAGACAGGGGCUUCUUAGAGGUGGACAGCGCGAAGAUGUCCCUCUCCAGUGUCAGUAGACUUUGGAGCCUCCUUCCCUUACCUCCCCGAGAGCUGUGCCCCUCUGAAGCGUCUGUCGUGGCAAUGGCGUCUGUCUCGCAGAACCUGUGUGCUCUGAUUUAAGUUCAAAGAUAUUUUCAGAGUAUUUAUUUCCCCUUUUUCCACUUUUAGAAAUUCUGUCGUUGUUGCUGUUAUCACGACUUCACAUUCGGGGAAUAAGUCAAAUGACACGUGAGCCCGCGAGCCACCGCAGGGCGCUUUCUGCUGGGCGGCAGAGCGCAGCUCAGCAGGACGCCUGACGCCCAGUGCUCGCCAACAGGCCUUUCUGUUCCACCUUCCCUUGGAGACCCGGCGACCACAGGGCAUUUGCAGAGCCUUGCUCUUUGAUUUGUCACAACCUAUUCUAAGAAUGAAUGCAAUCAGAUUUUAAGAGUAAUUACGUAUACUUCAGCACUUUUUUGCUUUACACUAGAUCAUCCUAGACUUGCUUAUACUUGGAGACUUGACUGUUUUCUUCCCGUGACUGCACUACAUGAUGCAUAAGACCACUUUCGAUUGCCGCGCCCUCCCCUUCUGAGUAGUCCCUAGGACGGCGUGUCGUGUCUUCUGGUGUUGACUUGAGUUACAUGUAACAGCAUCUCUUCCUUCCAUGUCUUGAUGUUAUGCAGGAAGUACAGAAGUACUUUAAAAUUUUGUUAUGAAAAAAAAGAUGGGUUUUGUAAAAAUAAAAAAAAUAUUUUUAGCAGAACAGGACUUACAGGGUCAUUGUCCCCACAACGUGCCAGUCGACUAUUUGCACUUACCUUGUCCUAUAUAUCCGUACGGAGGUGUGCAAUUCCCGGGGUCAGCAGCCUGGCGAGGCCGGCCCUGGAAAGAUGACAGGAGCCCUCACGGCUGACCCGACGAUGUUGCUAAGGGAGAUUACAGGGAUCUCACAGCAAAUACUGAUACAAUACUCAACCUCGGUAUAUAUAUAUGUAUAAAUAUAUGUACACCCCCAGCGGCACUUUAUACUGCGCACUGUACAAACGCUUACGGUUUUCCACGAGGACGAUGCUAACGAGCUGGGAAAGGGGACGGCACCCCCGGGGUUCCGCGGCGCCCAUCCCGGGGAGCGCCCUCUCUCCGCCCUGCGAUUAGUUGUAGCUGCCGUGCUCAGAAUUGCCUUCUCGAGAGCUGAAGCAAGGUGCUUCUCGUCACCCGAUGCCAUACACACGGUCGGGGCCCCGGGCUCCCGCGGGGCCCUGCUGUUCGUCUGGGCAAAUGCAUUUCCCUGCCGCGAUGUGUCCACAGCUUCUUUGCCGAUAUAGUAAUGCUUUUAGUAGAGUGAUAGGUAGUAUCAGUUCUGGGUUCUUCUCGUUAUCACCUAUGUACAAUGGAAGGGGUUUUAAGCACAAAUCUGCUGCUCAUCUAACGUGGGUAAUAAUAUCAAAUCAAGAGUUAUCUGUGACUAUUCUAUAGGGAUCACAAAGUGUCACAUAUUAGAAUGCUGACCUUUCAUACGGAAUUAUUGUGAGUCAUCAGAGUUUAUUUAUUAUAACUUAUUGUUCGUAUUCAUUUCUGAGUUAAUUUAAGGAAUCAUUUAUGAAGACAGAAUUUUGUAUGAAUAUUUACUGUGCUCUCUGUGGAACUGAAGUUUGAUUUAUUUUUGUACAACACGGCAUGGGUGUGUUGACACUUUAAUUUUGCUAUAAAUGUGUGGAAUCACAAGUUGCAGUGAUACUUCAUUUUUAAAUUGUGAACUUUGUACAAAUUUUGUCAUGCUGGAUGUUAACACAUCUUACUCUAAAUAAAAAAGGUGUUGCCACAUUUGUAGCACGAUGGAUCUCUAA